GUAUAACACUAAUGAAAUGCUGGAGUAUGAUUUGUGAUCAUUUAAUAAGUGUAGGAAAGCAAAAGAUGCAUGAAGAUCAUCCUGCAGAAUAAAUGAAGUGGUAGCUCGGUGGUUAAGACAUGCCGGAAUAGGGCGUCUGCCAUUGCCGUAAAUGUAAAUAUACAUGUAAAUGAGAGCCUGGAUUCAGACUAAGGAGGCUAGUAUGGAAAGGUCAGUGUGUGAAGCACUCUAAGCCUUAUCCACACUAAAUACAGGUGGAGGACAGGGAUUGAAAUUCUCCCGGACGUCCCCACUGUAAAGUCCCGAGUGCUAGAUCUAGAGAACUGUUCUACUAAAAGUGCACAAAUGGAGAGUCGAGCAUAUAGAUGAGUAACAAAUGGUUGACUUGCUGCAUGACUACUAGUUGGUGUACUUGGUAAGGGAUCAAAAAUUGCCCCAGAAACACAAUGGUGUUUUUCCCUGUGCCAAAAUUGUUGGACUUUAAGAACUCUCCGCCACACCUUCAAUUCAACAAGUACGUUUUGACCGGAUAUCGCCCAGUGUCCACCUGCACAGGAUGCUUACAAAGUCUCUUUUACCUCCACAACGAAUUUGGAAACAUCUACACGCAUGGUGUCCCAUUCGUGUGCUUGCUGCUGCUCCUGCCUCUCAGCAUUCCCUGGUCUGACGUGGAUGAGCAGUGGCUUUGCAUCAUACACUACCUAGCCUGCCUCUCUCCCACUGUCGGGUCCGUCCUCUAUCACAUCUUUAUGAACCAUGAAGGCGGCGCUCGAGUCUACGACGCCCUGCUCUGCUUUGACAUGUUCGGCGUCUGUCUAGUCAACACUCUGGGUGCUUUGCCAAUCGUGCACAUCACUCUGCUGUGCCAGCCCUUGGCACGCCACGCUGCCAUGUUCGGCUAUGUGCUCUUCUCCUGCCGCGGCGUCCGUGAUGCUUUAACUGCUCAGAGCGGCGCACGCCGUCUGCGCUCCUUCGGCCUCCAAGCCUUGUUCCGCGCUUUCCUCUUUUUCCUGCGCUGGUUCGAAUUCGCCACCGGAAAUCCAGAGUCGCUCCAUCAUUAUGUCAUCAUGGAUGCGUUGGCACUGAUGGGCGGCUUGGUGAACGUGUACCGCGUACCUGAGCGCUUCAGCCCCGGCCGCUUCGAUUACUGGUUCAACAGUCACCAGAUCAUGCAUGUAGCUGUUGUUCUGGCCAUAAUAUUCCUGCACUGGGGCACCAUGGAGGACCUGGCAUGGCUAAAGAACUACCAGUGCCCCCCAAAAUGAACAAAGGACUGGAAAAUACUUAUCAUCUCCACUAGGUGGUGAAGACACACUAUAAGAGUGGACCAGAAGAACUUGAUAAAAAAAAAAAGCCACCCAGACUGUUUGUGGCUGAGAUGAAAUUCACUAAUGCCUCUAUCUAAAAUUUGCUGCCUUAUUUGUUAAAGCUAUGAAUCCUCAUCUGUCCUACCUGUCCCACGAAUAUAUCCUCCACUCACUGAGGAAGCAGUUCCUGUAUAAAUCUACAUUAUAAUGAAUAGUUUCGACCAAAGAUUUUACUACUUCUACCUCAGAGAAGCCUAAUAUACUAAACCAUAUCACAUUUUUUUUCCUAGCUAGCUAAUAUGAGCUAAUUUAGCAGAAUUCGUUUGAAAGAAUUGUCUUAUCAUUUUUAUUUUCACUUCUAAAGAAUGUCUGUAUGUUGGAUAAAUAAGCUCACCUGACUUUCUGAGAUUUGCUGUUAUAAAUGCCGUGCUAAUUGCUAGUCAGUUAGCACAACCUGCUAAUUUGACAGGAAUCUCUAAUGCUUUCGAUCAUCCCUUCUACUCAUCGCUAGCUGGUUAAAGCCAAAUGAAUUUGACAGAUUUGUAAUUUACAGAAAGAGUAAAUGUACAUAAAAAAAAUAAUCCUUCUGGGCUGCUGUCAGGCAAUCAUCGAUUAGCCAAAGUGCAAAUUUGGUGGAACUUCUAAGUCAUCUUCUUGAUUUGUUCUGAUCCUCACUUCUGUCAGUAGAUAGCUGGAAAAAAAGUUUCUUUCUGCUCAUUUAUAGCCGGCUAUAAUGAGCAAACAGGAUUUCUGGGUUCAUGAAUGCAGUCGUUCCACACAGCUAAUUGCUAUCCAGUUAGCUAACAUUAGCUAGUUCGCUAGCAUCCAAGUGAACACUAAGACUGUUGUAUUGUUUUUAUAUUCACUUCUUAUUGUAGUAUGCUAAAAGUAAAAAAAACCCAACAAACUUUCAGAAUUGAUGUUUUUAGGUUUAUAUACAUCAUCAUUCCUCAGUGCUGGUUUCUAGCGAACACGGGCUAACACGACUGGAUUCAGAAUGCUCUUCGUGUAUAUUCUAUACAUGUUCUUGUGAGCUUGUAUUGCUUUCUGAAGGCUUAAAUCAGACACUACACCCAUGUACUGUGAUGCUUUUCAAAUGCAGCUGUUUUUAAUGAAAGUAACUUAUCUUAUAUACAAUCGAAAUUAAAAACAAACGCUACAUUU